UUAAGCAAGUGUAUAUAUUCUUGGAGUGUUCUUGGAGUGUGUAUAUAGUUAGACUUUUAACCAUAUUACCCUCAAAAGAGGGGUGUUCCUAACAGAGGAAGCUUAUACGAAGAAAAGAAAAAAAAGAAGACAAUUUUCACUUUUUACCCCAAACAACUACAAAUCAGUUCCAAUUAUUAUGAUUUCAUAGCAGAAAUAAUUUCACAGAUCUGAAUGGUGAAAUAAUAUCAAUAAACAUAGGGAUUUAUAAAUCCAAAAGAAGAAAUGACACUUUACUGUGUAAAUGAUUCAUUCAGCUCCAAAAUUCAGGAUGCCAUCUUGUCGGUUUGUUCAGAAAACUACUCAUCACAGGGUAUAGAGGUUGAUGGUAUUGUGUGUGUCACAUUCAGAAACCCUGCCACCAAUUGUGUUGUCCGGAUACACAAAAGUCUUGGAAAAGAGCCAAAUAAGGUUCAGGAACCAAAAAGCUGCCUGAAUUAUUAUCAGGAAGAGAAUUUAGAUAAACAAGUGACACAGAGUACAAUAGAUAAUAAUAGACUUGAUGCCCAGAAUAAAAACAAUGAACAAAUGUAUUUAUAUGAACAUGGCGAAGAGAAUGAUCUUCAUUUUUCUUCUGAACAUGAUGACCAUGGUGAAAGAAUGCAUUUAAUAGCUAGAUUUCCAAGAAGUCAUGGCCAAUAUUUUGAAUCAAAUCAAACUAAUAACUCUGAAAAAGAAAGAUUUCAAGAUAUUAUCUCCCCUUAUUCAAAUUCUGAAACAUUAACCAAAUCUGAAAAACCUAGUAGUAGUAAUGCCUGCAACAUAGGUAAAGACAAUCAUAUGAUUAAGAUUGAGAAGGAAGAUUGGAAUGGACCAGAAAAGUCUAGCAUUAUUAAUAAGAAAAGUAAUUUAGAGACAAUCAUUAAUAGGUUUACCAGUGAAAAUAAUGCUAUAAUUAGGGAUACUUUGGAUACAGACGAAGAACACAUGGAUCAGGGACAGCAUUUUGAAUCUGAUAAUGAAAUGUACUUUGUUGAGAAUGACAAUCAGGAAUCAAACAUGAUUUACUAUGAAGAUGAGUCUGAAAGUGACAGUAGUAGGACUGCCAAAUAUGGUAAUCCUGUUUGUAUAGACCUCAGUGAAACUGAUCCAGAUCUUGUUGAAGUUCAGUCAGAAAUAGAAUCUCGUUUAAAAGAAGAAAUGAACAGGACACAUGCAAAAUUCAAAAUAUAUGACAAUGUGCAGACAUCAUUUGAGACAAACAUAACCAAUUCCACCCCCUGUACCUCUCAGCAGACAAAACCUACUUUUAAACUAGAAAACGUAAACAGAACAAACACAAAAUCUCUCUCUCAAAUAAAACAAUCCUUAAAAGGUUCUUUUGCGAAAUCGAGAUAUCGACAACUUGGAAACAAGCCAAUGCCAGUGUUGUCAUUUGAACAAAAGAAAGUGUACUGUAAAUUCUGUGGAUUAGGGUUUACAAAUUCUGGAAAUAAAAAUCGCCAUGAGCGGUCAACCUGUGGUGCUGUAAAGUACAAAUGUGAGUUUUGUGAUUCGUUGUUUAGUCGUUCUGAUAGUAGAGCAAGACACAUGCUUUAUUGCCACGGUCUUGCAAUCAAGGACAGAUUAUCAAAUAUUUCACCUAAGAAAUCGGGUGCGUUACCUAAGAAUAUUAAAUUAGGACUAUCUACUGCUUUAGUGACAGAAAGUCUGCCAAAUUUUAAGAAUUUUUCAGAUCCUGAAAUUCACUUCAAAUCAAAAGAUAUUCAGAACUCUGAUUCCCUUUUAGUGGUAGAAUAA